GUCAGUCGCCAGUACGCUAACCUCAUUGAAGUUGAAUCUGUGGUCCCAUUCAGCCAUGUGUGCCCAUAUCUGGGAGUACUGGUCUCCUCUUUUCACUGCUAAUUUAUGUUCAUGGACCCUGGUCUUGAUUCGUUUAGCUGUCUCCCCAACAUAAUUACAUUGGCAGUCCAUGCAAUCAAUCCUAUAGAUGGCUGCAGAUUUUUCAGUGCUGGGGAGUGGGUCCUUUGGGCGCAUUACAGCCGCCCGCAGUGUUUGAUUCGGUCUAUGGGCCACCUGUAUAUUGUAUGGGGCCAAGAUCCUUGCUGUAGCCUCUGAAACGUUGUGGAUAUAGGGGAGAGCAACACGUGUAGUUGUCUGGGGUGUGAGUUCUUGAGGUGUGAGGUUCCUUUGAGGUCUAGAUGGUUUGUUGGCCCAAUUAACAAACCUGGCCGGGUAUCCAUUGUGUUUGCACACUUGGAAGAGGUACUUCCUCUCUUCCCUCCUGGCUUUGGCAGUGCUGCAGUGUGUCUCCACACGUUUAAAGAGGGUUCUAACACAGCUGACUUUAUGGGUCAUCGGGUGAUUACUCUCAAAGUGGAGAAUCCUGUCUGUACAUGUUGGUUUUCGGUAUACCUUGGUAGUCAGACAUCCGUUCGGCUGGCGCUGUACAAACCGACAUGGAAGGGGAAGCAGGGGGGAGAAACGCACGAGAAGGAUGAAACCUACGGGAUUGAGGAGACGCAAAGGAUCAAACCAUCGCGCCCUACAGCUGUGAAUCCCGAAGACCCCCGUGACGUAGGCACAGGCACCGGGAUGAAUGUAAAAGAGGAUACGAUCAAUGAAAGUGGGGAGGAGUCCCAGAAUGGGACAAGAUACUCGCACAUAGAAAGGAAUGCAGUGACUGAUCCCGAGAGGAAAAUGAGACCUCCCCACUCGACCAGAACAACUGAAGUGGGAGGGGAGGUUUUACAAAAUGUAAAUAACGAUAGACCUGUGAACGUCAGUGGGGAAAAGGAAAGGGAAAAGAGCAAAUUGAAACGAAGGGAGAGGCAGGGGGAGGAGAUCAGCGGGAAGAACGGGAUUGGCGAGACUGACGAGGAGCAAAGGAACGGACCAUCGCGCCCCACAGCCGUGAAUCCCGAAGCCCUCCCUGACGUACAUAUAGACAUUAACAGCGUAAAGAAGAAAAGGGAAGCGGAGAAGAAGCAUUGCGGUCACCAGGAUGAACGCGAUCUCACCAACGACCCCCCCGGACCAAUUACCCGCAGUAGGACGCGCGCAAAACAGCUGGAUAUAAUGACAACCAAGAAACUGCCCCCCCCUACAACAAAACAACCUAUUACCCGACCCCGGACUGUUACCAGAUCAUAUUUAACUCGGAACAACUCACAGGUCCACCCAGAUGAGAGCAAUGUAAAAAGUAAAAACAAUAAAAUCAAACGGGAAAAUCACCAAAAGGACAAUUGGAUAAGGGAUAAUUGUGAAAAGAGCAUGAAACACGCAUUACCAUCCAACCCCAAGGAAGAGCCACAAUAUAGGAAGCAUCGAAGUAAUAGAGACCCUCACCUAACUACCCCGGAGUUGAAAGAAGGCAAAAAAAUGGAUGAGGAGAAACACGUAAUUGAAAGGAACAGAAAAAAACAAAUCAGCCCUAGGCAAUUGGACCAACUAGCCCCGAUGACGAGGUCGAGGAGCCGCGCGCAGGCAAUGACAUACCUAUAAAGAGACUCUCACUUCCUGGCGCACCAGCCCUGAGGAUGCCGGCAGGUGACGGCGAAAGCUUGGCGCUUUUUUAAUUAAAUCUUUU